AUGGGAAGCGACACCCGACGGCCGCCCGGGGCGGGGGGAGGGAGCCGGGAUGACUCGCAAGGUGCCGCCGCCGGCGGGAGGGGGGUCUGGGGCGGCGGCAGCGCCGAGCACCUGCUCCCGGCGGGCCGGGCAGCGGGGGAGCGCAGCCAGCGGAGUGUGGAGAGAGAGAGAGUGGAGCCCGGCUGUAAACCAGUAGUGAUGGACGGUGUCGCCGGGCGCCCCGAGGGAGCCGUGCCAGCAGCAGCAGCGAUGCGCUGGCGGCGUUCGUCCGCGGUGUGCGGGGACAGCCCCGGCAGGGAGAGAGAGCCGGGGAAAGGAGCUGCUGCACCUCGUUGUCUGCCCGCCCCACUCCGAGGGUGCGGUAAUAGGGCAAACGGGAGCGAAGUCAGCCAGCAGAAUGGGGGUCGGACCCUGGCGACCACAGCAUGGCGAGAGCACCGCGGGUGCUCGUCUGCCCUCCCUGUCCUGCGGGUUGCACCACGAACGUGUGGAGGCUGCAGGAGUGAAAAUCCACCAUCCCUGCAGCGGGUCGUCAUUGCUGGAGCUGUUCAUUUUCUCCUCAUUCUGUCUCCCCAGGCUGCAUCCUCCCACAUGUUACCCCAAAAGAGGCAAUUCCCAUGGGCCCUGUGGCACAGUGUCUUUUGGUAGGAACCCCUCCCAAGUGCACGAUUCCUCCUAGGAUGGCUGUGGCACCCUUUUCCAGCAGCCUUCCUAGGAGCCUCUGCUCUGAGCAGGUGGCAUCCCCCUCUGGAGCUCCAGGCAGUGGAUAGUGCUAAAGGUUAUUUUCCUGCUGGUAAGCUGGCCAAUAUACGACUUUGCCUGCAUUUGCAUUCGCCCUGCUUCUCCUGCCGAGGCUGAGGCAAUGACCACCGAGAUGUUCCCUCUGACAAGCGUUGGCCGCUGAACACCAACUGCUGAUGCUGACAUUUAAUAUCUGUACGUGAGGAAAAAAGAGGAUUCCCUCAGCCCUGAAGUGGUAAUAGCAAAGGAAUGAAUUCCUUUGUGCUGUAUAGGCAGUGCCAGAAGCUUUCCCACUUGGUUCUGUGAGGCUGAAGCAGCAGUGAUGAGGGGCAGUAAAGCGCCCAUAAGGUUGGCAACACCUCUCCCUGGAGACCCAGCAAGAGUUUCCCCACCAGUGUUAGGUAGACUUGGCUCUCACUUUAGAGGUUGUACUUAUCUUUGAGAAGAAUCUUAUUUUUACUGAGAACUGGGGCUUGCACACUGUAAUUUUCCUCGAAUUUAGCUCUAGAUUCGUGUCUCCUGUGUCACAUUCCUGCCAGCACACUGACGGGGCCGUCUGCUUCUAAAGAGGUUGUGUUACUUAAAGCCACAGAAGCAAUAAACUCACUUGCAAACUAA